AUGAGCAUGUCCAAUUCAAAUAUUCAAUUGAUUGAAAAUAAAAUAAAUUCCAGUGAAAAAGAAGAUGAUAUAAUCUUAAAUGUUUUGCCUUGCAGAAUACAGUAUAAUGGAUAUACCAAUGUCGAUUUAUGGACAGACACUGUUUCAACUUAUAACAAAAAUUCUACCAAUGAAAACUCAGAGGAAAGAGGUAAAUAUGUUGGUUAUUUUCGGGGACGAAAGCUUUUAGGUCAGUCUCUUGAUGUCAAUUCAAACAACGAUAAAACAAACAAUGAGAUUGAAAGCUCUGAAAACACUAACAAUUACAGCGCAUUUAUCGUUGAAAAAUCGAAUAUUGACAACUCCUUGAAUUUAAAAAAUAAAAUUAACGAGAUAAGAAUAUGGGAUCAUGAGUCUUUUCCAUCUAAUUCUGCAAAGUAUAAUGAUUAUUAUCUUGCAAAUAACCAGUGGUGGAAUAUAAAAGAGUUGAUUCAAGUAAGUAAACUCAUCCAUGAAGAUUAG